GCGGUGCGGGGUGGGGGCGCCGGACGGCCGCGGCGCGGCGGGACCAUGGAGCUGGGAGCGCGGCGCCGGCGCAGGCGGCGGAACCGCGGACCGUUUUAAUUUUGAUUGCUGAUACUUCCGAUAUCGGAGCCCAGGUGGCGAUGUUACCUGAGGGACAGUCCUUCGACCCCUGAGUCAACAGCGACGAGGUCGUGAGCCAUGCCUUUGGUGAAAAGGAACAUCGAGCCCCGGCACCUGUGCCGGGGGGCCCUGCCCGAGGGCAUCACCAGCGAACUGGAGUGUGUGACCAACAGCACCCUGGCCGCCAUCAUCCGCCAGCUGAGCAGCCUGAGCAGACACGCCGAAGACAUAUUUGGUGAGUUGUUUAACGAGGCCAACAACUUCUACAUCAGAGCAAAUUCUCUCCAAGACCGAAUCGAUCGCCUUGCCGUCAAAGUCACCCAGCUGGAUUCAACCGUGGAGGAGGUGUCGCUGCAGGAUAUCAACAUGAAAAAAGCUUUCAAAAGUUCCACCGUCCAAGACCAGCAGGUGGUUUCAAAGAGCAGCAUCCCAAAUCCGGUCGCUGACGUUUACAACCAGAGCGACAAGCCGCCGCCGCUGGACAUCCUCACGCCGUACAGAGAUGAUAAAAAGGAUGGGCUGAAGUUCUAUACUGAUCCUUCCUAUUUCUUUGACCUCUGGAAAGAAAAAAUGCUGCAGGACACAGAAGACAAAAGGAAAGAGAAAAGACGCCAAAAGGAGCAAAAGCGCAUAGACGGCACAACCCGGGAGGUGAAAAAGGUUAGAAAAGCCAGAAACAGGCGCCAGGAGUGGAAUAUGAUGGCCUAUGACAAAGAGCUUAGACCCGACACCAGGUUGUCCCAGAGCGCGCACCACGGAGCAUCUUCUGAGGGAUCCUUGUCCCCAGACACUAGGUCCCACGCGUCGGACGUCACGGACUACUCGUACCCGGCCACCCCCAACCACUCUCUGCACCCGCAGCCCGCGACCCCCUCUUCGUACGGGGCCGCUGAGGCGCCGCCGCACCAGGCCCCCGAGCACGAGUACCGGCCCCCGUCGGCCUCGGCCCGGCACGGGGCCCUGAACCGGCCUCAGCAGCCGCCGCCGCCCCCGCCGCAGGCCGCAGAUGGGCCGCAGGCCUCCGCGCCGCUGGCGCCCGCCGACUACGGGAUGCUGCCGGCGCAGACCAUGGAGUAUUACAGCCCGUCGGGGCCCCCGCCGCCCCCGCCGCCGCCCAUGAUUCCUUCGGCGCAGACCGCCUUCGUCAGCCCCCUCCAGAUCCCCAUGCAGCCCCCCUUCCCGGCCUCCGCUGGCUCCUCCUACGCUGGCCCGCCUCACGCUCCCUCCGGCGGGCUCGUGGUCACGGCCCCGCCGCCCCCAGGCCCCCCGCCGCCCCCGCCGGGUCCCCCGGGGGCGGGCUCCUCACUCUCCUCCUCCCCGAUGCACGGCGCGCCGGGAGCCGAGGCCAAGCGGCAGGAAGCUGCCCAGCCGCCCAUCAGCGAUGCCAGGAGUGACCUCCUCGCUGCCAUUCGGAUGGGGAUUCAGCUGAAGAAGGUGCAGGAGCAGCGGGAGCAGGAGGCCAAGCGGGAGCCCGUGGGGAACGACGUGGCCACCAUCCUGUCCCGGCGCAUCGCCGUCGAGUACAGCGACUCCGACGACGACUCGGAGUUUGACGACAACGACUGGUCCGACUGAGGCGGGUGCCCGGGGACCGGGCCUGGGCAGCGUCUCCACCCUGUCAGUGGUCCCAGCACCAGAGAGUGGUGCCGUCCCCCCGUAGCUUAGCACCUUUUGUAUCAAUAAUGUGAGAUUGCUUUUGCACAUCCCCCAGUUCUGGGUUUUUCAGUCUCGACCGUCUAAUACUGAAGUGCCACUAAGCGUAGCACCCCGUGCUGCCCCCCGAGGUGAGCUGUAGCUACCGCGUCGUCCUGGAAACAGCCCUUGGCUUCCUGCCGCUGGGGUUCACCCCCCGUCCCCGUCGCCCCGCAGACCCGCUGUCUUGGUGAAGGCGGCAGGGCUUUGCCAGAUGCUGGCUGAGCGUGAGGGUCGCGUGUGGCAGCUGUCGCCCACACUGCUCCGACAUUUCGUGUGGUCUCGGUGCGUUUCAGACGAAGAAGCCGGUUCAGAGCGGGCUGGCCGGGGACGGCAGGCGUCUGUCUGUCGGCGGUGUCUUGCACUGGAAUGUUCGCCUGCUCCUGCUUGUGAGCUGGGACCCCGGCCCUUGCUGCAGCCCCCCCCCCAGCCCCGAGGGCACGUGCAGAGCCGGGCCGGAGACCAGCCCUCUGUCCUCCAGGGGCCACUCGGCAGCCCCCGGCCUGGGAGCAGCCCCACGGGCCGGGCGGGCCUGAGCGCCUCCCCACCGCCGCUCGACCACUUCUCGCCUCUCCCCCCGCCCGGUGCUGUGGCCAGUUCGGGGUCCAGCACGCGCAGGGCCUUCGCCCUGUCCUAGAAGCACACGGGUCCCCUUCUCACGUGGCCGUGGGCACACGAGACUCCAUGGCCACCUCGGAUGGGAGUCGCCCCCCCUCCUGUCUCCCUCCCGGGUGGUGACGCAUGAGCCGGGCGGGUGGUCCUGGCUGGGCCGAGGCUCUCAGGCUCUCGAGGGAGGGCUUGGGUCCUGUCUUUCUGGAGGAAGGAUGACCGCUAGGCUGCAAGAAAGCACCUUUGCCCCGGGCUUUGAUCUGAGACGUAACCUCGCAGGUGUAACCCCCACUCACGUCUUCGCAAUGCCGCCUGGGCCGAGGGUCCCUGUGACUCUCACCCUGACCGAGGAAUCUGUGGCUAAAAGAAAGUCGUUUGGGCGGAGGGCAGGGGUGGGGAUGGGCCGGGGGUCCUCUUAGGACAUUCCCGCCCCCGAGUCACGUCUGUGUCCCCGAGGGACACGGACAGCCUGUGGGAGGUUGUGGUCUUUGGGUCGAGUCUGUGUCCUGGGCUUUUAGUCACCAGGUUUAGAGCUCCAGAAGCCUCAGGUCUGUGUCCCUUGUCCAAGUCUGUGCUCAGGCCAGGGUAUCUGAGUCAUUUCAGCUAAAACCCGCUCUUUGGCACACGCUUCUUGAGUUUCUGUUUCUCGGAGCCAGUCACUAUAAUUUUAUCGCCUGUAAGUAGCAGUUAUGAAUGAGCGUUUCAGUUUCUAAAUUCUCUUCUUUUUUUUCAAUGUGGAGGCCAACUGUGUUGGCUUUUUUCUUGGGAAUCUUACCAGUUUUAGUCAUAUUUUGUGUUUUAUAAUAUUUGGUCUUGAGUGUUACUUUUGGCUUAGAAAUCACUUGCGUAAUUCUAGAGCUUAUAAUUGGUGAUGCUUCUUCGUUUUACGUCCUUCUGUUCUCAGGAUGGAGAGAAUGCAUAAAGCUACUAUCCAUGUCAGGAUUCUUCUAUUUAUAUCUUAUUACAAUAAAAAUUAGUGGCACUUUAUUCAUAAAUAUUCAUAAGCCUGUUAAUUAUCGGUUGUCUUCCUGUGGGUUAAUCAACAAGUUAUUUUCAACUUGAUUUUCUGACGAGUGAGAAAGCUUUUGCCCUGAUGUGUUAUGUAACCUUUAAAAGAAUGGAAAAGGACUAAAAUCCAGUUUAGCUUAUUUUUUGCAGUAUUUUUCUCAGCAUAUUUGAUUUAUUCUAAAAAUGAAAUCCAGACUUUUUCUAAUACGAUGUUACAUGAAAAGGAAGAAGUGACUAUUUUGAAUUGUCAGUUGUCGUUUUCAAAUGUACAAAGCAAAGGGAGAAAAAGACAUUUAAAUGCAUACUUAUCUAUAAAUUUUACAUUUCGAAGUAGUUACAUGUUUGUUGUAAGGUUAUUUUAAAUUGGCCCCAGUCCCAUCCCCCCCCCCACUGCCAUGUAUGUUUAGUUUAAUUUUUCACAAGCUUUUUUGCUCGUGUCGCAGCUACACGGAGGGGAGAGUUCUCUACCGCGAAUCAUCUGCACACCCCGUGAUGUGGUUGACCUUCCGUUUUAGCCCCAAACCGUAAGAGUCGGUCACUUAGGUUUCUCUUCGGUCAGAGUUGGAGAAUUAGCCCUUUCAUUUCAGGGAGUUUUUAGGAUAUUGAGAUGUUUUCUGAGCACCAAGUGGUUAGAUUGUGCAAGCUUUGUAAUAAUUUGCAGCUGAAACUCAUGAUACAUUUUAAUCCAUUGGAGACUCAUGGGAAUGUAUCAGCCAGAGUAGCAAGUACUUUUUGUUUUUCAACCGGAGUCUGUCAUCUUGCAGUAUUACUGAUGCUAUUGUAAAUUGAAUUUAAAGUGGUAUUUAAAAAAACAACCUCCUGGUAAACAAUUUUUAUCUGUUUGUAUAUCUUACUAUAGAUUAUGUACAAGUAACAUCUGAAUAAAAUUACACUUUUAACCCUAAA